AGAAAUUCAAAUUCUCUCCAUUAACGGCUCUCUCUCUCUCUCUCUCUCUCUCUCUCUCUCUCUCUCUCUCUCUCUCUCUCUCUCCUUCCCUUCUUCCUCGUUUCUUUGCCCGAACACCGACUGUUGCAAGCAGUAGCUUUGCUCUUCUUCUUCCUCUCUUCUUCUUUAGGGAUUUGAAUUGGAGAAUGAAGCACUUCAUGAUGCCAAGAAACGCUGUCUUGCGGGAUAUCGGAGAGCCGCAAUCGCCGAGCCCUAGCUUGACGAAAUCGAAGUCCCAAAGGAAGAUGAAAUCGUCCAAAGAGAACGCCCCGCCUCCGGAUCUGAACUCGUUGGUGCCUGAUUAUAGGUCGUCUCCGGCGAAACUGAAGAGUCCACUGCCUCCGCGUCCGCCGCCGGCUAAUCCUCUUAAACGGAAGCUCAUCGCGGAAGCUGCGUCGGAAAACGGAGUAGCUGGGGUUUCUUCGGACUCCGGUGUCAAGGUUAUAGUCAGAAUGAAGCCUCCAAGCAAAGGAGAGGAAGAGGAGAUGAUAGAUGAAAUCUUUCAGCUUGUGGGAGCACCUCUUGUAGAAAACUGCCUGGCUGGAUUUAACAGUUCUGUUUUUGCCUAUGGACAGACUGGUAGUGGGAAAACGUAUACCAUGUGGGGACCUGCAAAUGGAUUGUUGGAAGAGCAUUUGAGUGGUGAUCAAAGAGGUUUGACUCCACGGGUCUUUGAAUUGCUCUUCGCCCGUAUCAGUGAGGAGCAAGUGAAGCACGCUGAUAGGCAGCUCAGUUACCAGUGCCGCUGUUCUUUUCUUGAGAUAUACAACGAGCAAAUAACAGAUCUUUUGGAUCCGAGCCAAAAAAACCUGAUGAUUAGAGAAGAUGUCAAGUCAGGUGUUUAUGUUGAAAAUCUGACUGAGGGAUACGUGAAAAACUUGAAGGAUUUGUCACAGCUUCUGAUUAAGGGCUUGUCAAACAGAAGGACUGGUGCAACAAGUGUAAAUGCAGAGAGUUCAAGGUCGCAUUGUGUAUUUACUUGUGUCGUUGAGUCCCAUUGCAAGAGUGCUGCAGAUGGUCUAAGCAGCUUCAAAACAAGUAGAAUAAAUCUUGUUGAUCUGGCUGGUUCGGAAAGACAAAAGUCAACUGGUGCAGCAGGAGAACGUUUGAAGGAAGCUGGGAAUAUCAAUCGGUCACUUUCUCAACUUGGGAAUUUGAUCAACAUUCUCGCAGAAAUAUCACAAACAGGGAAGCAAAGGCAUAUACCCUACAGAGAUUCCAGGCUGACAUUUCUAUUGCAGGAGUCUCUUGGUGGGAAUGCAAAAUUAGCUAUGGUCUGUGCAGUUUCUCCCUCGCAAAGCUGUAGAAGUGAAACAUUCAGCACCUUGAGAUUUGCUCAGCGUGCAAAGGCGAUACAGAACAAGGCAGUUGUCAAUGAAGUAAUGCAGGAUGAUGUAAAUUUCUUGCGGGAAGUGAUUCGCCAGCUGAGGUCAUCUCCACCUGCCGAGGAGAACAAUCAGGAUAUGAGCAGAGUAGAGAAAAUCAAUUCACCCCACCUUCAAACAUCUGAUGGCCAAUCUACAGGAAAGCAGUUUCCUGACGAUACGGAUGUUAACAUGGAGGAUGCAAGUUGCCAAACUGAGAACCAUGAGGCAGCUACUGUUGAUAAUGCGUUACCUGUGGCAGAAACUGGCAUCACAACAGCCGUGCAAACCAUGGAUCAUGCUUCAGGUGUACAGUCUCCUUUGAUAACCAGUUCUCUUGGUUCUUGUGUUAGUGACACAAACCAUGACAAUUCACCUAGCAAGGCGGAGAACAUUCCAUCAUGCCAAGACUUGGUUCCGGAAGGUCUUGUUUCUGCAAUUGCUGGUACAGAACAUUCCUCAGUUAGUCCUUUGUCACCUUGCCUCAGCAUAGAUCCAGCAAGUGUUUCUCCUGUACUAAUAACUCCCACUGAGAGCAUCUCUCCUAGGAUUAGAAAUAGCAGGAAAAGCUUGAGGACAUCAUCAAUGUCCACGGCAUCACAGAAAGAUAUCGAGAGAGAGAACCAAUUAACUACAGAAGUUGUGGAACCUUCUCCGGCUAUGUCCACAGAGUUGUUAAACCUAUAUGGCGCUUUGUCUACAAAGAAAAGUGAAGCUUUCCCUGUGCCAACUAGGCAACUGGCAGCUAGCCUCCACAAAGGCAUGAAGAUUCUUGACUCUUAUCGCCAGAGUACUGCUCAGAGACGAUCCACAUUCGGAUUCUCCUACAAAGCUCUAGAAUGCAAGCCUUCGACAGUUUUAAGUAAGGCUGAUGUAGGUGUGCAGACUUAUCCCGAAGCUGAGAUAAUAGCAGAAGAGAAACCAAAAGAAGUACUGUGCAGUAAAUGCAAAAGCAUAGCAGAAUGUGAUGAUCAAGAAACAAGUGACACUUCAAAUCUUCAGUUAGUACCAUUUGACAACUCAGAAGUUUCAGAAAAGUCCAAUUUUCAAGUUCCUAAAGCGGUGGAAAAGGUUCUAGCAGGGUCUAUCAGAAGAGAAAUGGCUUUGGAUGAGUUCUGCAAUAAGCAAGCCUCUGAAAUAUCGCAGCUUAAUCGUCUGGUGCAACAGUACAAACAUGAGAGAGAGUGCAAUGCCAUCAUAGGACAAACAAGAGAAGACAAGAUUGUUCGCCUUGAAAGCCUCAUGGAUGGAGUCUUAUCUAAAGAUGAUUUCCUCGAUGAAGAAUUUGCAUCUCUCAUGCAUGAGCAUAAGCUUCUGAAGGACAUGUAUGAGAACCACCCCGAAGUAUUGCAGACGAGGAUUGAGUUGAAGAGAGCGCAAGAAGAGCUCGAAAGUUUCAAGAACUUUUACGGUGACAUGGGAGAAAGAGAAGUGUUAUUGGAGGAGAUUCAUGAUUUAAAGGCGCAGCUACAAUGUUACACCGACACUUCACUUACAUCGUCUCGGAAAAGAGGUUCCCUGCUUAAGCUAACGUACGCCUGUGACACUAAUCAGGCUCCACAACUUAAUACCAUUCCUGAGUCAACAGACGAGAGCAGUCCUGAGAAGACAUUAUUAGAACAGGAAAGACUUCACUGGACUGAAGCAGAGAGCAAGUGGAUCUCUUUAGCUGAGGAGUUAAGAACAGAACUCGAUACCAACAGGAAGCUAAUGGAGAAGCAGAAACGCGAACUCGAUACAGAGAAAAGAUGCACAGAGGAGUUAACGGAAGCGAUGCAGAUGGCGAUGAAAGGUCAUGCAAGGAUGAUUGAACAGUACGCAGACCUGGAAGAGAAACAUAUACAGUUGCUCGCAAGACACAGAUGGAUCCGAGAAGGAAUCGACGAUGUUAAGAAAGCAGCAGCGAAAGCAGGAGUCAAAGGAGCAGAGUCCAGAUUCAUAAACGCACUCGCGGCAGAGAUCUCGGCUUUGAAAGUGCAACGAGAGAAAGAGGCACAGUACUUCAGAGACGAGAACAAGAGUCUUCAGUCACAGCUAAGAGAUACAGCUGAAGCUGUUGAAGCAGCAGGAGAGUUACUUGUUCGACUUAAGGAAGCUGAAGAAGGAUUGAAAAUUGCACAGAAACGGGCAAUGGAUGCAGAGUAUGAAGCAACAGAAGCGUAUAAACAGAUUGAGAAAUUGAAAAGGAAACACGAAACCGGACUUAACCAACAACAACAACAACACGUUGCAGAGUCAGUGAAUCAGAUAGAGUCUUUUGAUGGAGAUGAUGUGGCUAAAUAUGAUGAGCCAGUGGAACCAUCAGCAGCAAGUGAAGGUGGUGGUGAUCAGCAAUGGAGAGAAGAGUUCGAGCCAUUUUAUAAGAAAGACUCAGAGUUGGCUAAGCUCGCUGAACCUUCUUGGUUCUCGGGGUAUGACCGAUGCAACAUAUAAGUUUCGUUUUCCAAAACAUAUUUUUCUUUCUUUCUGUAAUGUGUAUAGAAGAAAAAAAAAACUUGACAUGUUGAGGUCUGAUCUCAUUCUGUGAGAUAUAGAACUAUAAAAGUUUGCAAAACUUAUCAUUGUAUUCUCAUUGUAUUUCUUAUAUUCUAUAAACCCAUUCUACAAUUUCUUAUAUUCUCAUUGUAUUUCUUAUAUUCUAUAAACCCAUCUUUCAUUAUAACGA